AUUCUGAAGUAGAUGUACUCUCAUAUAUAUACCUCGAGGUAUGUUGGCAUAACUGGGUAAAAUAUUUGUGGUGCUUUGUUGCAUUUAUUGUACAGCCUGUUUCUUUCCUUUCAAAUGUCUAAAAUGGCUGCGAGCACCGAUUCUCUGGUCAACGCGCUAGUUUUCGAUUUUUUGUAUAAAAAAAAUAAACAAUUGGCUUUGCCGUUCCAAAAAGAAACAAAGGCAGGUACUUUAAAAAAAGGAUCACUCGAUCUUAGUGAGCUUGUAGCAUCUUAUUUAAAAUUAGGUAUCAAAGGAAAAUCAGUACUUCUAGCUCCUAGUGAAAAUGGUAUUGCAAAAAAUAAUGAAACUAGCAGCGAGGAAAGUUCGGAAGAAGAAACUACAAAAAAAUCUAUUACUAAACAAUCUGUAAAACCACCUCAAAAUAAAAAGGAUAGUAGCUCCGAUUCAGAAGAUUCUUCAGAAGACGAACAACCUCCCAAAGUUCAACAACCUAAACCUCAACCAGUAAAAGCAAAACAGAGUAGCAGUGACGACAGUUCGUCUGAAGAACAACCCAAAAAAGCAGCACCUAUUAAACCUGCUACUGGAACAAAAAGGAAAGCAAAAAGUAGUUCAGAAGACUCCUCUGAGGAUGAGAAGCCUCCAGCUAAGAAACCUGCUGCUGUUCCUAAAAAACCUGUUGCUGUUGUUAAAAAGGCAGAAGAAAGCAGUUCUGAAGAUAGCAGUGAGGAGGAAAGUAAACCUGUUACGGCAGCAGUAAAACAAGCAGUGUCACCUUCAAAAAAACCAGUAUCCAAAAAAGAGAGUAGUUCAGACGAUUCGAGUUCUGAGGAAGAAACUCCAGCUGUUAAAAAAACAGUGGCAACUAUACAAAAGAAACCAGCAGUAGCAGAACAGAAGAAACCUACUGCAAAACAAAAGAGUAGUUCAGACGACUCUAGUGAUGAAGAAGAGACUCCUGUUACAAAAAAAACGGUGAUAGUAGCUACUAAGAAACCUGCUACUAAAAAAGAGAGUAGCUCAGAUGAUUCUAGUGAUGAAGAUGAGAAACCCAAUAAAAAAGUCGCAGUACCUGUGAAAAAACCUGCUGCUAAGAAAGAUGUAAGUUCUUCAGACGAAGAGUCCAGUGAGGAUGAGGCUCCAGUGGCAAAGAAACCCAUAGCUCCCACACCCAAACAGACUCCAACUAAGAAAUUAACUGCAGCUGUUGAAGAAACAGAUGAUAGCAGUGAAGAAGAAGAAGAAGAAACCAAACCUGCUGCAAUAGCCAAAAAGCAAAAAUCAUCACCUCAGAAAAAACCUGUCAAUAAAAAAGAGAGUAGUUCAGAUGAUUCAAGUGAGGAGGAGACAACACAGGCGAUCAAAAAACCAGCUGUGAUUGUGCAAAAUAAACCAGCUACUACUAAGGAGAGUAGCUCAGAUGACUCUAGUGAUGAGGAUGAAUCUCCUGUUACAAAAAAACCUGCAGCAGUACCAUCAAAGAAACCUGCUACUAAAAAGGACAGUAGUUCUGAUGACUCCAGCGACGAGGAAGAAAGUCCUGUUACAAAAAAACCAGCAGUAGUAUCAUCAAAGAAACCUACUGCUAAAGAAAGUAGUUCAGAUGAUUCUAGUGACGAAGAUGAGAAACCCAAACCAAAAGCUUCAGCUCCUGUGAAAAACUCUGUUGCUAAGAAAGGAGAGAGUUCUUCGGAGGAAGAUUCUAGUGAUGAUGAGUCAUCAGCAAAAAAGAAACCCACAGCAACGCCUACACCUAAAAAGGCUGCACCUAAAAAAGAAUCUUCAUCUGAAGAAGAAUCUUCAGAGGAAGAGGAAGAACCUGCACCACAACAAAAGAAACAAAAACAAAAUAAAAAUGUUGAAGAUGAUUCCGAGUUGACGAUAAAGAAACCAAAAUAUGACAAUUUUGUCAAAGCAGGGCAAAAUAAUAGUUUUAAUGGAAAUGAUAAGGGAAAUAGAAAUUCGUUCGGUGGUCGCGGUGGGGGAGGCCGCGGAGGAAAUUUCCGAGGAGGCCGAGGUGGUAACAGAAAUUUCGAUGGAGGCGAAAGGAGAAGUUGGGGCAAUGAUGGAGAGAGAAAAAGUUGGGGAGACGGAGGCGAUAAUCGCGGAAGGGGUGGCUUUAGAGGAGGUAGGGGAGGAAAUCGUGGAGGUGGCGACGGUGGUUUUAGAGGAGGUAGGGGAGGAAAUCGUGGAGGUGGGGAUGGUGGUUUCAGGAAAUCUUUCGGCGGUAACGAUAGAGGAGGAAGGGGUGGUGGACGUGGAGGUUUCGGUAAUAAAUCCUUCAAUCAGAGAGACAGUUUUGGAUCAAAACCUUCGGAAAAUAAGAAAAUCACAUUUGAUGAUUAGAUUACAGGAUUUUAUAAAUAAUACAUGUGAGUAUUUAUCAAUUGAAAAAAAUUACAAUUUUUUAUAAAUUUUCUCCAGACUAUCAAAUAAAAAUUGUAAAGCCAAAACAAUUAAUACAAUCUAACUACAAGCUACGUUCAGUUCUUUCUCUAAUGGCAAUAAAAUACCUUAAAUCACAAAUCUAUUAAAUUGUGCAUAUCCAAUAAGUUUAAAAAUAAAGAGAGAAUUUUGAGAAAGCACCAAAGGCAAAAAACACAGUAGCGUGCGUUUAGUAAGUGUUUUCAUAUUUAUUUAUUUAUAAAACUUUCCAAUAAACGCAAUAUAUUUACAAAAAUAGUAAAAAUUUGACGAUUAGACAAUUCUUGGAUAUACGGAUAAAACACAAUUCACCUUUCUAUUGCUUAUUGCGUGUCGCAGUUAUUCGGAGGGGCGCUGAAGGUAUGUCAAUCGGUAGCUUUUGGGAAUUUUGACCCUAUGGAGCGAUUCUCGGGAGCAUACCGUACGUUGUGAGUUUUACGGAACCAUGCUGUUGCUUUAAACAUGUGAAAUCCUAAUUAUUUCGCUUUUUACACAAAGAUUUGGUGCUGCACACUUACAAAAUUUAGUUGGUGCAGAAAUUGAAGCUUGUCAGAGGCUUGGUUUGGUUCUUUUUGAGAUGAAGUUUUAUACAUCUACUCCAAGCAAAUGGGGAGUAAACUGGAAACAAUAAAUAAUAAACAGACAAUUAACAAGUAGAUAUAAAACUAUGGAAAUUAUUUCUUUUGCUUAAAAGAAAUAGAAAAUUAUCUCCAGAAUAUUCGAGAAUGAAGGGGAAUUAUACGAUAAUAGAAUGACAAAAGAGGAAGAAGUGACAGGGAAAAUCAAAAUAGUAAAUGUAUGUGGAGGCGAUAACAUAGAGACAAUAAAAAAGAAGAACUAUAAAUUGAAAGAAAUAAUUGGCUCUAGAAUCGUUAAAAAUAGACAGAUUAGUAUAUGCAGAUGAUAUAGUAAUCAUAGCAGAUUCGUUUAAAAAAACUAGACAUAUGGAGAAAGACAAUAAAAGAUAGAAGUAAAUAUCAAGAAAUGUAAAAUAAUGAUAGUAAAUUAAAAAAGAAAA